AUGGGUCUUCCUUGGUUUCGUGUACAUACAGUAGUAUUAAAUGACCCAGGUCGUUUAAUUUCUGUUCAUUUAAUGCACACAGCAUUAGUUUCUGGUUGGGCAGGUUCAAUGGCCUUUUAUGAACUUGCAGUUUUUGAUCCAUCAGAUCCUGUAUUAAACCCUAUGUGGCGUCAAGGGAUGUUUGUAUUUCCCUUUAUGACACGAUUAGGUGUUACUCAAUCAUGGGGUGGUUGGACUAUUAGUGGAGAAACAGCGAAUAAUCCUGGAAUUUGGAGUUAUGAAGGUGUAGCAGCAUCUCAUAUUAUAUUAUCUGGAUUAUUAUUUGCAGCUUCAAUUUGGCAUUGGGUUUAUUGGGAUUUAGAACUUUUCCGUGACCCACGUACAGGAAACCCUGCUUUAGAUUUACCAAAAAUUUUUGGUAUUCAUCUUUUCUUAUCAGGAUUAGCUUGUUUUGGUUUUGGUGCUUUCCACGUAACUGGUUUAUUUGGUCCUGGUAUUUGGGUAUCAGAUCCUUAUGGUAUUAGUGGAAGUAUUCAGCCCGUAUCACCAUCUUGGGAUGCUACAGGAUUUGAUCCUUUUAAUCCUGGUGGAGUU